UUUAAUUGACAGACGUAUUUCGACAUAGAUUUGACUCAUGUUGUUUUUGCAAAAUAUUGAGUUAUAAUUAAUUUAGUGAGUUUGCUGAUUGUGUUUAUUCCGCUCUUACGAUACUGUACAUACAAUUUUUUGCAACUUGUAAUCACCAGGCUUUUGUUAGAUCACAAUGGUCUCGUUGGAAUGUGACGAGCGAUGUGCAAAUUAUGGCACUAAUCUUCACGUUUGUUACGAUAAUAUAAUUACGGCCGAUUACACUGGCACAACAUAUAAAGGAUUUUACGCGGAUAGUGCACCUGUUGCAGUCAAAACAAUAUUCAAAUGCGAAGAAACUGAACAAUAUUUUCACAAAGAGACAUUUCGAUAUUUGAUGACAAACUCCAAAUUUAAUCGAAAUGAAAAUUUGGUUCAUUAUUUCGAUAUGGACGAAACUGUUAAAUUACGCUUCGUUGUGAUGGAACGAUAUGAUACUGACUUGAGGGACAUGCAAACUGAGAAAUUCCGGAAAAGUGACAGAUUAAAAUUCAUAAAGAGUAUAUGUCAAGCCGUACACAUUUUGCAUUCCGAAAUUAAUAUUGUUCACGGGAAAAUUAAUCCGAAUAAUGUGUUACUGUGGAAAAAUCAAGACGGCAGUUAUACCGCUAAAUUGGCCGACUUUGGCAUUAGCAAAACAUUUUCAGAUGAUUGUACAACAAUCGAUACUAAUGGAACACAAAACGAUGAGUGGAUGUCGCCAAGAUUUUUAAGAGCAAACGACUGUGGAGACAUAAAAUACAAAGCAUCCGCCGCUGACGAUAUUUUCAGUUUGGGAAUGCUGAUCUAUUACAUUUACACAAAUGGAAAGCAUCCUUUUGGUAAUCCUUCAUGGCGAAUUUAUAGCAUCAGAUACAACCGGAUUGAUUCCGAUGACAUUUUAGAAGAGAAUUUCGCAUUUCAGAACUUAAUGCGCGCUAUGACUAACAGGAAACCUAAGGAACGACCGACUAUACAGCAAGUUAUCAAUCAUCCGUUCUUCUGGUCAUACGAGUUCAAUUUUCAUUUCAUUAGAGACGUGUAUAGUAGACUUGGUUCGUUCUGCCAAUUUCAGGAUAAUCUUGAAUCGCGUUUCGAUAUUAUGAAUGAUUUCAGUGGUGGGUGGAAUAAAGCCUUGGAUCCAGAGUGGAUUGCCUACUUACAAAAGCAAAGGGCAAAGACCUCAAGACCGUACAAAUUCAAAAGUUUCGUUAGUUUGUUAGGUUUUAUCUGUGAGAAUUUUGAAAAUCGCUCCGAUUGGGCGAAUGAGACUAAAUUAGUUCCACUAUUAAGAAAUGAUGAGCCUGCUGAUGCAGCGAUCGACGAAUUAUCGUACAUGCGAUAUUUCAUGCGAAAAUUUCCCAAGCUAAUCUUGGUAUUAGCCACAACUGACGGUAUCGAAUCACUCCGGUUGAAUCCAGAUUUUAUAUUACCAUCACAAACGACAUUUGACUUAGGCCCUUCUGACAAAAAACGUGGGUGGAUUAGAAAAGUCUUAUCUGAAAAAUGCACCAAGACGUCGAAAGUAGUUCUCAAAAGAAAAAUCCGCAAAGAGAAGAAGCGUCAAAUAAAACAUUGUGAAAAGAAUCCCAGACGUUCGCAAGUCUCUUAUUUUGGUCAACAGACUGUUUAAGUUGGGAAAAAAUACAAGAUUAUCCGAAGAGACAAUCAAGAUUUUAUAUUAAAUGUAGGAGUAAGUUCCGCAGAUCGCUGGGACAGCGAUCGCAAAAAUGUCAGUAAGUACAAGUCUUCUGUUUGUUGAAAUUUCAUACUGAAAUAUGCAUGGAAAAUUACAGACAUUUUGGUGAUACUGUCCCAGCGAAGAAAAUAAAAUUGCGGUCCAUAAAUUUUUUUUAAUAACUUUUAAUUAUGCUGCCGCUAAUGUGCAUAAAUAACUUUUUCGAUACAAAAUAAUUCUUUUCAAUAGGGGAAUUCCUUUCAUUUUAUUUAUACUGAGUAUAUCGCGUAUAUUCUGAGUAUAUCCAGUAUAACGAGUAUAUCUUCACAUAUUUCGUAUAUUAAGUAUGUCGCAUGUGUUUGACAACUGCCACAUUUAGGAAAAUGAAAUUUUUUACGCGAUGGAUUUCGAUCAAACAACAUGCCAGUGUGUGAUCUCAGGCGUCUGGCAAGGUAAUUAGUUUUUCAAUAGGACCAAUAUCGGCUGAGCGAUAAGACUUUGGAAAAUGUUUGUUUUUGUAUGUGAUUGGCACUUGAUUUCAUAGUGUUGUAGCGAAAACUUACAUUAAACAAAAAUGUGAUAGUUCCUAAUUUUUGAUAAUUGUAUUUUUCGAAAAAGUUUUGUAUGCAAAUUACGCCAGCAUGAAGACAAUGCAUAAGAAAAUGAACACUUUCUGUGUGGUUUGUUUUCCUUGGGUAAUCUAGGGUUUUUCGCAAAUUAAACAGUCUGCACUAUUUAGACUAUUAUAAGAAUAAAACUCCCCAACCCUCUUGAAUAUAUAAAAUUUUUGAGAAUUAGAGUUUUUGACGAAUUGCAACAGCAACUUCACAAAAACAUUCUCUAAAAAAAAUGUCAGUUAUUUCGAAAGAAUACUUUCUAGCAUAUUUAUCAUUUUUUAUGUUUUUUAUGUCCUCAGUAAAGCCAUCUUAAUUUUGUCUCUGAAACUGAGGAAAUUUUUGGUUCAAAAAUAAACUUAUUUGUCAAGAAAUAAUAUUACAUUAUAUAGGUACUAGGGCGCAAUUUUCAUAAAAUCCUUCAGAGUGUAAAAUACUUAGAAGGCGUGGUUCGGAAUUCACGUUAAGCAUGUGGUCCCUAGUGUUAGGGCAUUAAAAUACCAUGUGAAAGUACCUUCACUAGCUAUAACAGCAAAUGGUAGCCGAAUCUUUCACUUAAAAUGUGCUGAACAAUAACCAUACGCUAUUAUUAUUAUUAUUAUUAUACACUAAAUUGCGGUUCUUCCGCCAAUUUGCACACCGCACAAAAUUUACAGCGAGACACUUACAAUCUCCGCGGUACAUAUUAGCUUCAAAAAUGAAAGCUUCAUAUAAACGACAUUGCGGCGAUGUUUUUGCGAAGAUCGCAAAAACAAAAUCUUGAAGUUAAGAGUGAAGUUUUUAGAUUUUCAGGUCAUUCAGAUUUUUAAAAGUUUUUGAGAAAAAAAAAUAGUUUUAAUGAGGAUUUCGUCUUUUAAGUAAGACGACAUCCUUUGGAAUGAUUAUAGUUAUUUACGUAGCGAUUGAGUAGACCCUUUACAUAAAUAGAACUGCUAUAAGGCUCUAUGUAUAUAAGAGUCGUGUACAUGAGUAGUCGUAUUAGUGAUAUAAAAAAAAAUAAAUAAGUGAUAUAAUUUUGCUUGCAAAACCUUUAGCACUCUAGGGUAAAUUUGUUUACUCUUAUCUACGUUGUGUAUAUAGCACAUAAUACACACACAUACACACACACACACCGUAUGCGACAAAGAAUAAUGUGCGUAUCUGUCUUGGCCGGCGGUUUCUAGACAUUAUCACACGAGAAAAAGCCUAGAACCAACUGUCCAAGACAGACACGCAAUAGUUAUUUACGUAUCUGUGGUGAACAGUAUAUUUUAGGCGCGUUUGCGAGUUGUAGCCGGAACGAAGUGAGGGCGACAGCCGAGAGUACCUAAAAUAAACCGUCCACAACAGAUGCGUAUAAACUCUUACAC